AAGUCCAGAAAGACACUCGCUGCAAGUCAUUUGUAUUUUACUUAAAAUCGAAACCAAAAUGUCAUGGCUAGCGAGGUCCAUUGCUAAUUCGCUCAAGCUCGAUGACGACGAUGACGAUGGCCACUAUCCUAACCCUAAUGUCACAGACUCAAAAUCACCCCCAAUUCCUCAACCUGAUCCCCACGUCAACUCAUCUUCACCUCCAUCUCCUUCAUCAACAGCCUCCGCCAACACGCCGCGUGGCGUCAAGGAAGACCUCUCCGAGCUCACUAAAACUUUAUCCCGCCAAUUCUGGGGCGUCGCCUCCUUCCUCGCUCCUCCACCUGAUCCCUCCUCUCCUUCCUCUCCUCCUCCUCGUCAGAUCUCCGAUAAACCUGGCGAUAGUCCCCAAGCACACGAACUGUCCGAUCCGGAAGAAUCAAAUGAGGAUUUGAUUGCCGGGAUUCGUAGUGACUUCGCCGAGAUUGGCGGGAAAUUCAAGUCCGGGAUCUCGAAGCUGUCGAGUAACGCGACUGUAUCGGAGAUCACUAAGAUCGCAUCAAAUUUCCUGCAGAUUGGACCGGAAAGAGAUUUUACCGACAAGGAUUUGGUUGGCAGUGCUGUCGGCAUAACCGAGGAGGUUAUAGCCUUCGUGAGGGAUAUCGCGAUGCAUCCGGAGACUUGGCUUGACUUUCCUAUUUCUGAUGAAGAAGAUUUCGAUGAUUUUGACAUGUCUGAUGUCCAACAAGAGCAUGCUUUGGAAGUUGAACGUCUUGCCCCAAGGUUAGCUGCUCUCCGGAUUGAACUUUGUCCAGGAUAUAUGAGUGAAGGCUGCUUUUGGAAGAUUUACUUUGUACUUUUGCACCCUAGGCUCAGUAAACAUGAUGCUGCGCUGCUUUCAACUUCACAGAUAAUGGAAGCUAGGGCGAUGUUAUCACAGGAGUUGCAGAGCAAAGCUAAGGGAACAAGAGUGGAUUCAUCAGAAAUAGGCAAUUCUAGAUCAAAAGGAACUGCUGACUUACCAUAUGAAGAGUCUCUAUCUGUGCCUUCUCGUGCUGAGUAUGAAUCAGUGCCUCUAAAGACUUCUGUCAUUGAACUGGCCCCAUCUACCACUGUAGCUGAGACAUCUGGCAAUGAAGCAAUACCUUCUGGUAUUGCAUAUGAACGAGAAACGGAGAAGCACCCAGUUCUGAGCACUGAAAUGCAAAUCAUUGACAAAGCUGUGGUUGAGGAAGAAUCAGUUGACCAGGCUAAACAACGACAUCUAUCUAGCUCAAUUCCUAAAAUUUUAGAUGAGAAAUUUGAGGAUGAUGCCGAUGAUUGGUUGAAAGAAGAAAGUUCAGGAAUGGUAGGCACGAGUGGAAGUACAAUGUAUAUGGAAAAUGAUGAGGAUGUAUCGUUCAGUGAUCUUGAAGAAGAUGAUGGGGAUGUGCCUACAAGUUAUAAGAAAGUAGCAUUGGGUUCUGAUGCUUCAAGAAAAGACUCACGUGAUUGGGUUCAGUUGAGCAAAGGCUCUUCGGACUCGGUUAAGGAUAUUAAUCCCGUCAGUGUGAAACAUGCUGGGUCUGAGCAGGUAAGUGCUCGUAACUCUGAAUCCAAGGAAUCCAAUGAUUGGCUUGAUGUUGAUGACAUUGAUGUGAUGUGAUAAUUCCAUAAAGCCCUAGGUAAUGUUUUCUCCAUCAUUUUGUUACGUUCUUGUGAAUAUUGUACGGUUUCUUCGGUCUGAGUUGGGAUUUGGAAACUAUAUGUACAUAAAUCCAAGCCUAAGUCGGACGACCAUUGGCGCAUGAAAUAUGUGUUUGAACUAUAAUAACUUCCAGUGCUCUAUGAAAUAUUUGUUUCACUUGUUA